UCCAGAGGGGCGCGCCUGCGUGGGCCCUGGGCCGGGCCGGCGCGAUGGACCCAGUCCAUCCCAGCGCCCCAACUCAGGCCCCUCAUCUGCCGCCGCCGCCGCCGCCAGUGGUGAGGCCCAGGGUGAAUUCGGAAGAGGAGCUCUACGACUGCCUCGAUUACUACUACCUGCGCGACUUCCCAGCUAGUGGGGCCGGGCACAGCAAGGGUCGGACGCGGCGCGAGCGGGAACUGCGCACCAAUUGGCCGGUGCCUGGUGGCCACGAGCGCAAAAUCACACAGAAACUCCUCAACGGCCAGCGCAAGCGUCGCCAGCGCAAGUUACUGCCCCGACCGCGGACUCGCCUCGCCUGAUACCGAAAGACCUGAUAAAAGUAUUUUCUCUGACUCCAGCUGUAACUCUGGUCCCAAGGGGGAGAGAGAAUCCGUGUUGGUCAACAGAUUUGUUUCCGACAUCGGUUAAGUUUAGUGCUUCAGUAUCUUUUCCUUACUGGUUGUUAAUUAAGUGACAUCCAAAUGGGUAUGCCUUUUUAGGGUUUUUAAUUAAAAGAGCAGAAGCAAAAGUGGCAUUUUAACUCUGGGGGCGGGGGCUGGUUGCUAUGGUAACUCAUUUCACGUCUAAAAAUAUUUGUGUUUUGUGUAAAGAAAAAAGAUCACAAAGAUGAAUGGUGGGAGGAAAACAAAGAUAGGAAUUUGUACAAGAUUUCAAUACGUGUCAAAGGCUACUGUGCAGGUUUAAUAUUUGUUUUCCAAGGAAAGGAGUAUUUUCAAUUGCUAGGUUCUCUGCACUGCAGAUCCCACAACAAUCCUUUGAGGUAGAUGCUGUUAUUUCCAUUUUAUUUUACAGAGAAAUCUUUUUAAAAAGAUUUUAUUUGUUUAUUUAUUUUAGAG